AUGGAUAGCACCAAAAUUAGCAAGCUGCUAAAAGAAAUCUACAAUCUACAAAAAGUAAGAGAAGCCGCGAGUGCUGCCUUAUUGGAAUCGCCGGAAUCAUUGGAUAAUAGCCUUAAUGAAAGCCUAGAAUCGGAUUGUGGAUCAAUGGAAUCCUAUGAAAAUAUUGCAAAUGAAAGAAUCUCGGCCAAGGUAUACCGUAAAAAGGAAGACAAUCGUCCCAGUACAACUUCGGUACCGGUUUAUUUUGUUCGUUCGGAAAAAGGCACCUACUUUUGGACUAAUUGA